UACGAAUCAAUUCACUCGUACUGUCUGCGCUGUACUCACCAUGACUCUUGGCACAGGGAAAAGGUCGUACCGCGCGUGUACGAGAUGCCGAAGUCGAAAGACCAAGUGCAACUUUGAAGGAGUCGGAGAGCCUAUGAAACCUCCCUGCGUUUCCUGUUACUAUUCUGGCAGUGAAUGUGUUGUGUCUUCGGCGCGCAGGUCUCGUAAAGCAAGGCGGGAUCAUAACACUCAAGCAUCUCCUUCCUCAGUCGAACCAUCACCCGGGCCGGCAUCUCCUCGGUCGUCAGUCUUCGUCCCAUCAACUAACGAAGACAGCUGUAGCGAAGAUGAAGUUACAGGACCCGACGAUCAGAACGACAUGGAGCUCAGGAAUCCUUCCGAUGCUUUGCAGAUCCUGGCUCGUUCAAGGAACAAAGCAUCUACUAGGAAUCCAAUUACACAUCCUCCAACGUCCGACCAUACGAAUUCCAUACCCUCAGCCAAGCCCAGAGACACUCUUAAAAGACUGGAGGAAGUCAACGGCUCUAGCUCUCGGAUAGGAACCUCGCCCCCUACAUGCAUGACAGAUACGAUGUCGGGACUAGACAACUUUGAGUUGAUUCGACGAGGUGGUCUUCGCGUUGAGAAGGCAUCCGAACUCCUGGAUAUGUUUGCAAGCAACUAUCACCCGUACUGCCCUGUUACUCCGACAUUCUUCUUCACCCAGCCUGGCCAGCUACAAAAGCGCGACUACUUUUUACUGGCAGUCUUGUUGACUAUUGCAUCAAGAGAUUCUCCAGGAGACGCACAUAUUCACAGCCAGUGUUGGAAUUACGUACAAAGUUUACUUCUUCAAGUGCUCCUAGCCCAUCCAUGGACUCGAACCCCGCGAACAGUCGAGGGUCUGCUACUCUUAUCUGAGUGGUUGCCUCAUAUCGAGACAAAACGAUCCGCAUUGGCGGUUCAUAAGGACCACUUCAGUGAAGGACAAACAGCUUGGUCAAUUGUCGGUCUCGCCGUACGCUUGGGCUACUCGUUGAGACUAGACCGUGCCGCAUUCCGGAGUCCGACAUCGGGAGAGACAGUAGACGAUAAACAGGAGCAGAAUCGUCUCAUUUGGAUGUUCACCUACUUGGCAGACAGGCAGAUCUCGGUUCGGUUGGGUCAGUCUUUCUGGUCCCGUGGACCGGCUCUCUCUUCCAAGUUCACGGCCAAGGACUUUCCGAAUCUGAAGCCUGUGGUUGGAUGUAGUACCGACGACUAUGCAUCAGUUCUGCACGCGCACUUGGAUUUGAUGCAGAUACUUCACAACGCCCACUCGAUACUAUACUCAGCUAAUGAUAGAACGCAGUCUAUGAUUAACAACGGCGAUUACCCGCGCUACUUGGAUGACCUAAUGGAAGCAGCAACGGCAUGGAGUAUCAAUUGGGAAGGUCUCCAAGUUUCUCCGAAGCUUAAAUCUACGCUCCGUAUCUCGCACGAGUAUCUCUGUUUGUAUAUUAACGCAUUUUCUUUUCAUGCCGUGGUGACGCGUGAGUCUCAACAUCAAGGCCCUUGGCGGAACGACCGACGGCAACUACAUGGCAACAAGAGACCGGGGUUGGAUCUUUUCUCUAAUGGUCUUAUGGCCUCACCCGACGCAAAAUACAUUGCUUGUGCUAUUACGGCAGCAAGAGAACUCCUUGGUCUCAUAACGGAGCUGGAUGCGCGAAGGAUUCUGUGUUAUCUCCCUUCGCGUUAUCAUCUCUUCGGGCUCUAUGCCGCAGUCUUUCUGUACAAGGCCCUCAAUUCAGGCGUUGUUCGGGGCCAUGCUCAGCAGAAACAAGUGAGAGGCCUAUCGCAAGCCUUCAUAUUGACCCUGGACGAAGUGGCCUCAACUGAAUCGCACAUCUGUCAUGGAUACAGCGUUCUAUUGAGGGAGCUUUGGCAGCAAGAAGUAGGCCCGCAGGUUGAGUCAAGCUCAGAAGUCCAACGUGACCAAGGAACUCAUAGAGAUCAUUCGAGUAUAGCCGAAGACAUCAUGCUCGGUGAUCCAUCGACGUGGAGCAACGAGAGAGGUUCUCAGACUACGUUGCAAGGGAUAGACCAAGUGAACCAGCCCCUCGCCAGUUCGAGUUCCGACUCGGUGGAGGCUGGAAUGGGCACUCAGGACCUUGUAUCCUUUGAAAACUACUUGUUCAAGUCUAUGUGGCCCGAAUUGGCUAACACAGAGCAUCAAGGGGACUUCUAUGACUUGGAAGGAGGGCUACUCAGUUUCGAUAUGGAUCCUUUGAGCGGGUUCGAACCGCUCUAG